AAAUAUUACUAAUGCAUGAAAUAUUUUGUAAGUUAAAUAGAACUAACUAAAAUUACGACGCGAGACGGCGAGAGUAGUAUUAAAAGAACAGCCUCAUUUAUUUGAAACUAUUGAUAUUUUACAAUGUUUUUUCGUAAAAUAAGUGCCUAAACAAUUAAAUAAUAGUUUUAACGUGUUAGUGUUAUUGUGUUAAAUGCUGUCGAGAUGUCGAAGAAUAAAAUAGCUGCUCGAAUCGACAGUCAAAGUGUUGAAGUAAAAACUAAGUUUGAUGCAGAAUUCCGUAGAUUUUCACUGAGUAGAUUGGAAAAACUGAAAUAUGAAGACUUCAAAGCUCUAAUCGAGAAACUACACAGACUACAUGAUGUUACCUUUCUCAUAAGUUACACGGACCCCCGAGAUGGUGAUCUGCUACCGAUUAAUAAUGAUGACAAUCUUGCAAGAGCUCUACUUACUGCGAGGCCUCUACUCAGGGUCAUCAUACAGAGAAAAGGAGACAGCCUUGAGGAGCUCAACGGCUAUGGAACGAUGCGGCCUCGGAACAUAAUCUCCUCAAUUCUGAGCGGAACUCCUGCUAAGAACAAAGGGCUUGCUAUUUCGAAUCCUCACGACUUUAGGAUGGUAUCAGCAAUCAUAGAUGUAGAUAUUGUACCAGAAACGUGCAGAAGGGUUAAGUUACUCAAGCAUGGCUCCGAUCGACCUUUAGGAUUCUUUAUAAGAGACGGCACAUCAGUUCGGGUGACACCGAAUGGCGUCGAGAGAUCACCGGGUAUAUUUAUAUCGAGGCUGGUGCCCGGAGGUCUGGCUGAGUCAACUGGACUACUCGGUGUUAACGAUGAAGUAUUAGAAGUCAAUGGAAUAGACGUGUCUAAUAAAACUCUUGAUCAAGUAACAGACAUGAUGGUGGCCAACUCGUCCAACCUCAUCAUAACGGUGCGGCCCGCCAACCAGCGCGCCGCGCCGCCGCCGCGCGCGCCCAGCGAGCCCGAUGACGACCGAUUCGAUCAAGAAGAUCAAGACGAAAUUGUCGACUUAACAGCAGUCACAUUAGAAGAUCAACCCGAACCGGCGUUCUCACACAUUCCGAGCAAAGACGACGGACAGAUACUACACCUAUAGUACAUACUACAGAGGUACCGCCGCGGCACGCAAGUAAGAGACAUUCCAUAGUGCUAUGUGCAGUGAUCAUUCCCUUUUAGAUUCUAAUUCAUAAACAAUAAGGGUUUAUAUUCUUUGUACUUAAAUUUUAUUUUUUCAUUCCAGUAGCAUCUACGACAUUAUAGUGGGAUUAUGAGAGAUUUUUUAAUGUAAAUGUGUCAAAUUAUAAAUUGUUUCGCCUCUAAAAGAGUUAAAUUAAUUAAAAUCUCGUUAUGAAAUUAAAUAUGGUCUAAAAAAUACUGAUAUGAAUUCAGAUAUAUUUAAAUUUGAGCUAAGAUUCUAUUUUGUGUUCGUUAAAGGCAAUUUUGAAUAUUAAAAUGUGUUCAAAUUUCGAAACAUAUCAAUUUGGAAGAUAAAUUCACUAAAAUAAGAUAAAUACUAAGGUUAUACAUUUAAUAAAGCGUAAAUGAAAUGCCUAAAAGUUAAAUAAUAUGAUCUAAUUCAAUUUUAUUAUUAUUAUUAAUGAUUAAUGAGUAACAUAUCAUUAUUUAAAAUAUACUAGCGUUCCGCUAAUCCGGAGCUGAGUCGUCUCAUAAAUCUGAACGGGAUACAAAUAGAAUCAAAUUAAUUUUAAAUAUUUUCAAUUGCAUUACAUCUCAGUUGUAUACGGCAAUUAUAUCUAUUAGUAGCUCGAAAUUUUAGAGCUAUGUUUAGUAAAUGAGUUAAGCUAAAGAAAAAAAAACUCGUUAUCAAAAUAUAAUAAGUUAUAAUAUUUUAUUAUCAUUGCAUUUAACAACAUAUUCCGUUAUAUCGGCGGCCAGUCCCGUGUAUGAGGAUUAGCAGGGCUCUACUCCGGUUAUAAAAUGAUAAUUAUCCUCAACUUAGUGACGAUAAGGAAAUGAUUCGUAAAUGUAUGUGUUAUCUGUGUGCUAAAAUAGAUUCUUUAAAUUGUUAAUAAUUUGCAGAUACGACAAUAAUGUUAGCUAAAUGUUUUGUAUUGAAUAGGUAUAAAAUUCCAUCCAUUUUUUUAUUAGAAUGUGCAUUUUUAGAAGUUUUUGCUGUAAAAUAUGAACUGUUUAGUAUUUAGGCUGAUGUUCCUAAUUCGUAACAACAACAAAUUUGUCUCCUGUUUGAAUAGAGAAAAACUUAGUUAGAUUUGUUGAACCAUCAUCAUUUAUAUUAAACUAAUUGCUCGUUCCUGUAUUUAAUGAAUCAUAAGAAAAAAUACUUCAAUAACUGGUGAUAAAUCGACCAAAGUAUAUUUUUAUUGUUGUACGUUAAUACGUAAAACAAUAAAAAUAAAAUUAAAACAAGAAGAAAUUAUAAAUAACGCUUCUCACCUCAAAAUCGCUAAGAUCUUAGAAAUCCUCAAUAAAGCUAAAGUUCUAAUAAAUAAUAAUAACAUUUGUGUAAAAACAAACGUAAUAUUAAAACUACAUAAAAGCAAGAAAGUCAAGACUUUUAUCUAUUUCAUUAAUCUGUAUUGGCACGUUGUAUCAAAACAUGCAGAAAAUUUAAAUGGACUAUAGACUAACAAGAAUGUAAGUUAAAUAUCAUGUUUAUUUAAAAAUAAUCAAUCAAAAUUUUGCUGAACCAAUGAGAAAAUGAUUUAUUGAAUAUGGAGCGAGACUCUUGUAUUUAACUGAAUCGAGUAAUAUUAAUUCAAUAAGUUCAUAUUUUACUCUGUUAGACGUAAUCAUGCGAUGUUAAGUUUUAAGGUAGAAUAGAUUAUUUCACUUCCAACGGAAGGUGCUAUAGAACUUGUUUAUCGUAUCGUAUACAAAACUGUUCGUAAUACAAUAUAUUCUUUGUUUAAAAUUGUAACAAAUUAUUGUUUGAAUAAUUCGAUUAGCUUUAUUAAAUAUAAGACUUUACGUCGUUCAUUCGUUUAGAUAAUAUGCGUAUACAUUCCAUAUUAGUACAUUUCGUGCCUUGAAUCUCUGUGUUAAAACAGUUGUUUGUAUCAAGUAACUAUCUGGAUAAUUAUUUGCAUUUCAAACUUAGUUUUUAUCAUAGUUAAAUACUUUGAAGUGUAUAGGGCCUAAUAUCAUGCCUUGCGGUACUCUUUGUAAUUAUUCUCGAAAGUAUUAAUAUUUAUUAUAGACUUAUACACUCUUACACGUACAAACGCACACACACGACACACGGACACACACAUACACAUCCACACAUAAACACACGCGUGAAUAUAUACAUAUUUCUUUUUUAAGUACCUUAAAGCUGAUUUAUGAAUGACCAGUUAUUUUUUAUCGAAUUAAUUAAUUAAAUUAAUUUCGAAAGUUUUUUAUAUAACGAAAUUGUCAAUUUUAUUCCUUUGAUAAACUGGCGAUUCAAAAAUCGAUUCUUAGUCUCAUAUAACGUAUAUUUAAUAAAACAUUAACAAGAACUUUUUAAUAAUAAUGUAUUUUUUUACAAUUACUUUAAUGCUUAAUCACUUUAAAAUAAAUUACAACUAAUCGAUUUGUUGUAAUCAUGUGUCAUUGUGAUCAAAGAAUUUAAAUAUUCUGAGUCGAACUUAUUUGAAAUAUUUAGUUCAUUAGUAAUAUUUAAUAUAACUAUUAGCGUGUAUUAUUAAGUUGUUUUUAACUAAAGAUAAUAGUGUAUUCGCACUAUCAAAGAACUUAAUUCUAAUAUCAAAAUCGAAAUUUUUAUCAUUCAAUAUUUAUCAAUAUGAACACCUCUAUCUAUUGUAUACUCUGUAUUAUUAAAAUGACAUCGAUGUAUUUCUAUAUUAUCAUAAGAAUUAUAUUUUGCAUUUAUGAAAAAUAUUGCAUUCCAAUUAAAGUAAAUUUAAUUUUUAUACUAAAUUAUGUUUGAAUUUGUCGGCUUAGUUCUGUCUUUUUGUCAUUAUUGUUAUCAAUAUAAAUAGAACUGAAAAUUAUCCACGGUUUAAAAACAAAUUACAUUUCUAAGUAAUGGCCUUAUUUAUAAAUUUGAGGGGGUUGUUAUAUAGAAUUAAUUUUGUCUGCUUCUUUCGGAUCAUCUCGAAUCAAUGAUGACAAAAAAAUGAGAAUGAUAGUUUAUCAGAACACCACGUUUCGCUAGAUCAAGUGCAGAACGAAAUAAAAAUUUUUUGUUCAUAACUUUACAUGAUACUAAAUUUAUGUACAUCUAAAAGCCUCAGAAUUAUGUGUUAUAUUAAAUAUAUGUAUUAAAUUAGUAUUAUAAUGGUUUUUUAGGCAUAAUCUGAUAAAUUCCAGUUAUGUUAAAGUUUCAGUCUGUUGCUCGAAACUUGUGAUAUAGUAUUCUUUGUAUUCGAUCAUUCAAUGUACUUAAUUAUGUUUAUAAAUCGUUCAAAUCACUAGUUAGCGCGCAUUACAGUUUUCUUAUCGAUUGAGCAUGCAAAGCAUUAUCCUUUAUCUUUUUUAAUGUAUUACAAUAAAAAAAAAAAAAACAUUUGAAAAUGGAACGAGCGACGAAUUCGUUUGAUAUGAAUAUAAUUUUAGAAAUUUAUGUGUUCAUCAUAUUCAGUUCCAUUAUUAUCAAAUUUUAUUUUAAAUAUGGCAACACUAAAAUCGAUAAAAAAUUAUAAUGUCUGUUAAUACUUGAUUUACAAUUCAAAAUAGGAGUCGUGGUUUAUUAUGGGCUCAAAUCUAUACGGUCCAAAAAUAUUAUAUAAAAUAUAUUCGUUAGGAGAUACCGUUAUUUACACUAGCUUAGUAUACUUGUGCUGUAUGUAAUUAAAUAUUAUUAUUCUUA